AUGAGCUACAACAUAUCCAGCCCCACCUACGGCUUUGCCUCGGUGCAGCCGUCCAAGUCGCCUCAGCUGGGCAAGGCUGCAGCGGCCUCGACGAAGGGCGCCAAAGGUGCCAAGAUCGGCACCCCAGAGCAGAAUAGAAAGCACCAGCAAGGACAGCAGCUCCUCCAGCAGCAGCAGUUGCAGACGGCGAUCCGGGCCCAGCUGCGCGAGGUCGACGGCCUUCGCUCGCAAGUCGGCCGUGCCCGUCUUUCGAACGAGACUCGGUUCCAGAACCUUGAUGCUCAGAGCGUCGAUCAGCUCCAGGCACUGAACCACUCUCUCUUCCGAGAGCUGCAGAGCUUGAGACACCCAGGACAGAACACCAACAUUUACGGAUCCAUGGGAACCACCGUCCGCUCUCCCGCACUCUCGGCCUCGGCUAAGAGCUCGCGCAGUGACAAGGCACCCGGGACCAAGCAGGCCUCCCAAGAAAGCAAGAGUCCUCGCUCGCAGCCCUCCAAGAUCGCUACCCAGGAUUGGAUCAACCAAAAACUCGGCCAGGCCAGUCAGGAGCCCUAUCUGAGCACCCGUCCCACGGCCAUGCAAAUGAGCCCCCACGACGAAGAAAUUUCCUGGACGAUGCUUCCUGGCAAUGCUCGUGCUGCCAACGACCAGCGUCUCAAAUACGCAACCGGACCAGUCCAGAAGAACGAACAAAUCUCCUGGGAUAUGCUUUCUGUCAAGGUUCAGACAGCAUACCGCCAGUAUGCGCACAACAGGUCCCCGAGGCUCGCAAAUAUGUCCACCGAACGCGGCGAUGAUAUCGCCUGGUCGAUGCUCCCGAACCGAGCCCAGGAUACCUACCAGCGCUUGUCCGCCCAGGCUACCCCGGCCACAUCGACCCCGGCCCGCUCCAGAAACCCAUCGUCCAGCCCUCAGAAGCUCACGACGCUCGCGAAUGACCAGAUUACCUGGUCAAUGCUCUCUGCCAAGGCCCAGGACUCGUACAGAGCGCAUUCCUCUCAGGCAAGCUCCCAGCCACAGUCAAAAGCCCAUAGCCGCCAGUCGUCGUCUUCUCCCACAGGCAAUACUCCGGAUGUGUGGGCCGACUACAUCUCGCCCUCCAAUCCAGUUGUGAUUGAGAGACAGACCAAUGGUGCCAAGGCCCAGUCCGGCAGUCUCAAGCCACAGACCCGACCUGAGCGCUCUCGGUCGGCGUCGUCGGGCCGCUCUCGCCAGUCUUCCAACUCCUCGCCGGUUGGCGACACCCCCGAUAUCUGGGCUGAGUACAUUUCGCCCGGAAGAAGCAUUGUUGUCGAGAAAACGUCCGGGCGUCCUGGGCCAAAGGCUGCUGCGCCGGCUCCAACCCUGUCUCGUCCUGCUUCUCGUCCAGUGUCUGCCCCGGCUCGUCGUUCCCGUCAAUCGUCCAACAGCUCUCCUGUCGGUGACACCCCCGAUGUCUGGGCCGACUACAUCUCGCCUGGAAAGGAUAUUGUCAUUGAGCGCAGCCUGAAGACGGUCGCAGGAUCCUCAGCCUCGACUGCUGCAAAGUUGACAACGGCCCCGGCCAAAACAAUCCGAGCCCCGCGCCCUACCUCGGCCUCGGCCGCUUCCAGCCGCUCCCGCCAGUCGUCCAACCCGUCUCCAACAGGCAACACCCCAGAGGUUUGGGCCGAUUAUAUUUCGUCGGGCAGAGAUGUUGUCAUCGAACUCAACAAGGGGGCCUCCAAAGCUGCCAAGAAGCCCGUCCAGUCGGCUGAGAAGAGCACCAUCAAGCCGACCUGGGCCUCUUACUUGAAGAAAGACUCGUCGCUCGCCCACCAAAAGCCCCAGGCGCAGCCGAACUCGGCCCAGAGCCGCCGCAAGAAUCAAGAAAUCAGCCUCGAUGUUGAUGGACCAUCAAUCUGGGAGCACUUUUGGGACUAUGAUGAAGAGACAGAGACCGUGAGUCCCAUUCGAAGCCGAACGGCAAGCCAGCAGCCCAGAGUCGCAGCCAAGACACCCAAGGUCGAGAGACCCUACAUGAACUUCAGCAACAAUAUCCCCUAUACUCUCCACCGAGACUCUGAGGAAUCGACGUCGUACAUGAUCCCCAACCACCGUGAGAUCGAGGACUAUCAGCUUUCCAUGCUUUCGCUCCGAUCCAAGCGACCUGCAGCCGUCUCGACCGUCCCUGUGCCCUCGGGCGUCGCUAGCAAGUCCCCCAAAGCCAAGUCCCCCAAAGCCAAAUCGCCCCAAACCCGCUCGGACCCUCAGGCCAAGACGCGAGCCCAAGAGAUCGUGGCCCAGACAUCUCGCUCCAGAGCCCCGUCGACUUCGAUCGUGACAGCCACGGUCGUUGCCAGUGCCGCCGUUCUGGUGGCGAUUGGUCUCCGAUUCUUUGGACAAGGCUCAGUGUAAGCAACGAUGCAAGCACUCUCCUCGAAGGAUCCAUCCGUCGGGGCGUUGUUCAUUCACUCUCCCGUCAGAAUUCCUCUCUUUCUUGUCAUUGACAUGCGACAGCCGUGGUUUUCACCACCGGUCUGGUUUGCAUCGUUUUGCCGCACUCGAGCUGUCGUUCAUUGACAGGUUCGUCACGACUGCCACCGCGGCAAAGCCAGUGUGUGCCUUUGUCGAUAAGACCAUUUUGAUGCAUCUUGAAUCCAAUUUACUUCUCCAUGAUUGGCCUCCAAAGUAUGUUGCUUUCAACCUACCAGGGAAACACCGGCAGAGCAAGCGUACACAUAUACCCCCCCCUUUCCACCUGCGAUAUUCUUGCUCCACGCUGUACACCUCGGGCAUUCUGCCGAUGCACACACACAUAUAUAUGCCAACUG